AUGCUGUGUUUUUCUCAAGCCCCCGGGGCUUUUUCACGGCGAAUAUUUUCGAUCACAACGCGACACAACGUUGCGAUGUUGCGCUCUUUGCACCUUUCCCCACCGAAGGCCGCCAUUGCUCAUCCAGUCACAGCCCAUGGCCCUCCUCCGAAGGCUCCCUCCGUCGCUCCAGAGUACAAUGAACUCACGAGACAACAAAAUGGCAAUGAGCUACACACUCGAACGGCAAAGCCUCCAACUCUCAAACAGAGGUUCUGGAAGAGCGUUGAUGUUAAGAUGAAGCCAGAAGGAGAUUACCAAGUGCUGUUAGACACCAGGCCUGUUCGAACCCCUGCAAAAGAUGUCCUCUAUAUUCCGCCAACAAAGCCUCACCUUGCGCAUUUGAUCGCUCUGGAAUGGGAUGUCAUGACCUCAGCCCAGCAAGCUUUGAAAAAUCAUAUGAUUCCACUAACUUCUCUCGCUGCGCGAGCCGCGGACAUUGCCCGAGAAGACGCGAACGGCGAGACGAUUACAAGAGGCCAAAUUGUGAAAACUGCAAUGCGCUAUCUAGAGACAGAUACCUUACUUUGUUGGGUGCCAGAGAAGAAUGACUACAGCAUUGAGGAAGUUGACGAGCAUGGUCGGAGACCAGAAAGUCUCCGAGAGGCCCAGAUGAGAGUUGCGAAAAAUAUAAUCUCUUUUUUAAGCACCAUGGUGUGGCCUGGUAUUGAGAUUAGACCCAUUUUGGAUUCUGAGAGUAUCCUGCCGGUGUCGCAAACUCAAGCCACUAAUGAUAUUAUUGAACAAUGGAUUUUCGGCCUACAAGCGCACGAUUUAGCUGCUCUCGAAAGGGGUAUUCUUGCUUCAAAGAGCCUACUGGUGGCUGUGAGGCUGGUAUCGGAGUGGAGUGAAAAUUUACGCCACGUACAACGACCGAAUCAGAAGAAAUUCGGUAUCGAAGAAGCAGCCGAAGCGUCCAGUUUGGAGGUAAAGUGGCAAACAGAUAUGUGGGGUGAGGUUGAGGAUACACAUGAUGUUGAUAAGGAAGAUUUGAAGCGACAACUUGGUAGUGUCAUUGUCUUGAAAGCGAUGACGGAGAAGGGUGCAGGGCAUAAACGCUCCAGAAGUGCCUUGGCGCUUGCAAUUCUGCACCGUGAUAAAUCGAGAGACGACCACGAGGGGACGCCUGGCCACGAUAGUGGUUCGCCCGAAUCUGUUACCUCCGCUCCAAUAAACGAUACGCCACAUUUAUCUGCUCUAGCUGUUACUCAAAGCUCAACCCAUCGACAGUCCCGUCAAGAAGUAAACGCUCCCCUUAUGUCGGACGAAAACGCUUUGGAGCAGGUACGCUCCAAUCAAAGCGGUGAUCAUAUCGAGAAGCUGGCUGCAUUUACAACUGCAGACAGCAUUAGUAUGUCGCUAGACCAGUCUGUAAGGACAUUUAGACUUUUUGAGAUCCUGCGGAGUGGGGAUACAACCGCGAUAUCAAAAGCUAUCAAAGAGACUAAAGAUCCUCAGGGAGCAAACAGUCUCUCCGGAACGACUAUGCUCCAUUUAGCGAUCCAAUGCGCCGAACCACAAGUUGUUGAAUAUAUUCUUUCUAGCGGCUAUGAACUCGAUAUCAACGCGCGUGAUAGAGAUGGUAAUACACCACUCCACCUCGCCGCCCAGCUCGGAAGAGGAUCAUUAGUUCGUGAGCUACUGAAUCGUCCUCCUCUCAAUGACUCAGUUGUCAACUACCGUGGCCAAACAGCUCUAGAUGUUGCCCGCACCCCGGAGAUCUUUCAACAACUCCAGCUUGCACGAUCGCUCUUCAUUGACGGCAAGUCCCAAGAAAUCCAGUCACUCAUCUCCAAAGGUGACUAUGAACAGCUAGAGAAGGUACUGGAAGAGCCACGGGUUGAAGGAAUAAUGGAUAUCAAUAGUUUGGACCUGGUCACUGAUACUGCUACGGUUCAGUCUGGCGGCACCCUGCUGCAUGAGGGUGCCAGGAGGAAAGAUACGAAACUCAUCCAGUUAUUACUGAUGCAUGGGGCAGAUCCCUUCCGCCGCGACAAAAAGGGUAAAUUGCCACAGGAUGUCACAAAGGACGACAGGACACGUGCAAUAGUCAAAAAGUCUCCCGCUGCUGUUAUUGCUCAGCGCGGCAUCCAAGAGAAGGCCAUUCUUGGGACCAAUUCGGGUCAAGGCGUUUUGGGCCGAGCCAGUGUAGGGGAGGCACCUUUUGCGGGAAAGGAUUCUCGCGAAAUGAGGGGUUACUUGAAGAAAUGGACAAACUACACUAGUGGUUAUAAACUGCGGUGGUUUGUACUCGAAGACGGCGUUCUUAGCUAUUAUAAGCAUCAAGAUGAUGCCGGGUCUGCAUGUCGUGGUGCUAUUAAUAUGAAAAUCGCUAAACUCAACAUGGACUCGCAAGACAAGACUCGAUUUGAAAUUCAUGGCAAAUCAUCCGUCAAAUACCACCUUAAAGCUAAUCAUGUUGUCGAGGCAAAGCGUUGGUUCUGGACUCUCAAUAAUGCUAUACAGUGGGCAAAAGAUGAGGCAAAAGAGGAAGAGAGACGCCAAUCUCGGCAUGCCGAGGUGCUCCGUCAAGCCAAGAUUGAACAGAUUGAGGGACGAACAGCUGAUAGCUCAUCCGAUUCACCCUGCCUCGCUGCUACCAAGUCUAGCGGUAAGGGCCUUACUGCUCCAUCUCUAGGUGUUCCAGGUAAUAGUGUCACGAGACAUAGCGCGCAGGCGUCUCGCACAACACUGGAGAGCAUACCCGCAGAUGAGGAAGGCUCUUUCCAAGGAUCAUACGACCAGGGUGUUCUGCAAAAUGAGGUAAAUCGGGUGGCCAGCCAUGUAACCACUGUGCCCGAAGGCGAGGGUGAUGAUGAUGAUUAUGGUGAUUAUGCGUCCAGCCGGGAGGUGCCAAUGGCUGAUAAAGACGCUUUGAAUAUCACUGCGCAGUCUGCAAAUCUUCAACUUGAUAUCCUCGCAAGUGUAGCGUCCUCACUGCAAACUGAGAAGUCGAGAAACCCAAACUUGUCGCUCGCGGACUCGGCAGUUGAUCAAGCUCUAGCUGCUUAUGGAGCAGCCGUGAGUAGUCUCCAGGGGCUAGUGCAAAAUCUCCUCAAGAUAUCCCGGGAUCGCGAUGCCUACUGGCAGUAUCGAUUGAAUAGGGAAGCACAUCUCCGUAAGAUGUGGGAAGAAAGCAUGGCACGAGUUGCACAGGAACAUGAAGAGCUACAAUCAAAGAUGGGAGAGUCUGAGGAGAAGCGCCGACGUACGAAGCGUGCCCUCAAGGAAGUCUUAGAGGUCUCGUCAGCAGCCACUAGUUGUGCUGUCGGUAAAGCGCCAUCUCGCAUGGCAUCUACAGGCGAAGAAGAUGACGGGACUGACGAGCGGAUAGAGGCACAUGCUUCAGGAGCUGAGAGUCUUUCUCAGGCUGACGAGCAAGAAGCAGGGCGACCACUUCGUCGUAAGAAGUCGACUCUUUCUCAGAUCAGUGAUCUGUGUGAUUCAGCAUCGGAUAACGAGGACGAAUUCUUUGAUGCGAUUGACUCCGGGGAAAUCGAAGUGGAGAACUUAGCACAUACAGAAGCAAGUACCGAAAAGGAAAAAUCGGUGGGAGAAAGAACCGAGUUGAGGGCCAUAAAACGGCUGGAAAUAGCACCAUCGUUCAAAGGAUAUGAGGAACCCAUCCGAACGAAAUUGAAGAUGGAUUAUGAUAAUCGGCCAAAAAUAUCCUUGUGGGGUAUUUUGAAAUCGAUGAUUGGAAAAGACAUGACCAAAAUGACUCUGCCGGUUUCCUUCAACGAACCCACGUCUUUACUACAACGUGUGGCUGAAGACCUGGAGUAUGCGGAUCUUCUUGAUGUGGCUGCUGAUCGAUCUGAUUCAAUGGAACGCAUGGUGUACGUCGCUGCCUAUGCGGCGAGUGAGUAUGCCUCGACAAUAGGCCGUGUUGCCAAACCGUUCAACCCUCUUCUGGGGGAGACAUUCGAGUAUGUCAGGCCCGAUAAAGGCUACCGGUUCUUCGUUGAGCAAGUCAGCCACCACCCGCCAAUUGGUGCUGCCUGGGCGGAAUCGCCAAAGUGGGAUUAUUAUGGUGAAUCAGCUCUUAAGUCCAAGUUCUACGGGAAAUCCUUUGAUAUCAACCUUCUUGGAACCUGGUUCCUGAAGCUACGCCCUGCUUCGGGUGGCGAAGAGCUCUACACGUGGAAAAAAGUCACCUCGUCUGUCAUUGGCAUUAUUACUGGUAACCCGACAGUUGACAACUAUGGGUUAAUGGAGAUCAAGAACUGGACGACCGGUGAGGCCUGCUAUCUUGAUUUCAAGCCAAGGGGCUGGAAAGCCUCGUCUGCCUAUCAGGUGGCCGGUAAGAUCGUAGACAAGGACGGAUCCCCGAAAUGGAGCAUUGGUGGCCGUUGGAACGACAAGAUUUUUGCUCGCCAUACUCCUGGAUAUGAGAUGGACGUAUCCAGUCAAGAUCCGGAGUCGUCUAAGGCGUUUUUGGUAUGGCAAUGCCACUCCCGCCCAAGUGGUAUCCCGUUCAACUUAACGCCUUUCGUUAUCACGUUGAAUGCCCUUCCGGAAGAUCUGAAACAGUAUCUCCCCCCAACUGACACCCGACUUCGGCCCGAUCAACGUGCAAUGGAGGAGGGAGAAUACGAUAUUGCCGCUAACGAAAAGCAUCGAGUUGAAGAAAAGCAACGAGCCAAACGAAGAGAGAGAGAGACAAAAGGAGAAGAGUAUCAGCCAAAGUUCUUCAUUCGGAAAAAGUGCCCAAUUACUAGUGAAGAGUAUUGGGCGCACAAUGGGAAGUAUUGGGCUGCCAGGGAAGCACAGGACUGGAGUAUAUCAACCAUCACAAUGACUGGCGAAUAUACCUGUGGACGUUGUCUACAGGUGCUCCGGCGAAAUGUUGCGGCUCAUGGCCCUAUGAUUCGAUUGCAGACGGCAUAUAACCCAAGGCGGACAUACAGGCCAUCGGUCUCCCUCGUGCGAAGCUUUGGUUCACGAAGUGACAGUCGCUUCACAUCCAAAAGUCUCCAAGGCCAUAUCAAGCGGGCCACUACGCCUUUGUCCUUUAAUUCCAAUGCUAUAUCACACAACUUUCCGCAAUGUGUGCAGCGAGCCACGUCCGCCACGUCGACUUACUCGCCAGAAACGCGUGCUUUGCUGCAACCAAACAACUUGUUCCAUCCAUUUUCUCGGUCGCCUUCACCUUCGAUUCGGCAACGUGCUGCGUUUAUCAAACAAAAUGCCUUUUGCCCUCACCCUAGUCACCAACAGACCCGUGCACCAGUCUCCCCACAUGACCCCGAGUCGCGAAAGGGCCAGCAAAGCACGAGUCCCCCAGCCCAUUCACAUUUUGAAUGCCCUGACUGUGGUGUCCCAAUCUAUUGCUCAGAAGGCCACUGGAUGGAUGAUUUUGAGGCACAUUUGGAGAUCUGUGAGACCAUCAGACAGAUAAACGAGGAUGAUCACGAUCUCCACUCUGGUCGGUUUUUCCCCGAGUUUUCUUAUCCAGGUCUUCAAGAUGAUAACUUCGUCAUCAACAUGACGAACUGGGACACAUUUUUGUAUACGCGAGAGUUCGAUGCGAUCAACCAUGAUCGGAGUAUGCGACAAGUGACUAGGAUGCUCACUUACCCUCUUACUAUUGGAAGUGUCUUGCACGAGCUGAGCCCUUACAGCGUUCGGAAAGGUGGUAGACUUACAGUCGAGGGGCUCAAGAGCGUGAGCGCGCUUCGAUACACUCUACACCCUCCUAAGACUGGAGAAGGAGUUGAUAUUCAAGGAUUGCGCUUGAAGGCCCCACCGAUUAGGAUAUUCAUUCUGGGGGCACGUGCCGAAUCUUCUCUGCCUCGUGAAGUCUGGCUUCAGCUCAGUUACAUCUUCCCACGAUCCCUCAUCCAUUUAGUUUUUAUUGGACCAGAGAGCAUGGCCAACCGAGACGCUGAGUUCCCACUUCCUGAACGGACGGCUGAGAACCCGUUCGGAGGGAUCGUGGAAGAUAGACUUGGCGGGCAGAUGAAGAUUACAACGUACGUCGACUACUUCCACACAAUGUACAAAGCACAAUAUUUCCAGCCGUUCGAUCCAUAUUUAGAUUGCAUCAUGCUCUUCCACCCUGGUCUCGGACACCCGGCCAGCUCCCAUGAAUGGGAAGAAACGCUACCACAACUACUAGAGACAAAGGUCCCGAUUAUCAGCACUGGCUAUACGCAGUGGGAUAUGGAGAGGGAUAUCAAUUGGGUCCAUGAGAAAUGUGCAGGUGAAUUUGAUAUCUUGUUGGAACCAGGCGAAAACAUCUUUCGCAGUCUGAGGUGGGACCUUAAUGACUUAGACCCUCAUGAUGUUUCUUGCGGAAACUGGGGGUUAUGGGCAUUCAGAGGGAAGAGAUACGAGGCGACGCUCAAGGGUUAAAGAGCUCUCCUUCGCGUGUAUAUUUACCAGACGUCUUGGUUGUACAUCAAAUGGCCAUUUGACCAACAUGGCUUGAUUAGGGUUGAAGGAACAAGAGUUCCCAAUCUAUGUCCUAUACUCAGCCUUUAUGGUUCGAUUUCCAUAAAAUCCUUGUACUAUUGUCCAUAUGUUAUCUAAUAUUGUGCCA